AUGAUCGGGCCCCAUGAUCUGGGCUCCCAGCGAGUGGAAAGCUCCGGGACUUUGCACGAGAAGGGCGACCGGAUCCACACCUUUUGGGAACGUCAGGUGCACGCCACCGCCAUGCUGCUGGUGAAGAAAGGCCAUCUCAAGGUGGACGAGGUACGACGCGGCAUAGAGUUUCUGGAGCCCGACUUCUAUGCAAGCGCAUCCUACUACGAGAAGUGGGCGUGUUCCAUUUGCAACGCCCUGCUGGAGCAUCAGCUCUUGGGCCACACUGAGCUGGGCAUUGAGCUGGGCCCCGAGGAGGAUGCCACGCAGAGGUUCAGUCCUGGGGACCUGGUCCGAGUGCGGCCCAGCAGUGCGGCAGUACGCUGGCGGCGCCCGCACCUGCGCACCCCGGGCUUCGUGCAUGGCGUAUGCGGGGUGGUGGAGCGCUUCGUGGGCCUCUUCGCCAACCCCGAGCAGCUGGCCUUCGGCGGGAAGAGCUGGACGAAAAACCCGUUAUACAUUGUGCGUUUUGAUGUCAAAAGCAUCCGCGACUUUGACGUUGGAGACCAUGGCGACGAUCAGGUCACGGUGGAGGUCUACCAGCCCUGGCUAGAAACUGCCAGCCCUGCAGAGCUGGAGCAGCAAAAGAAGAAGCGACCGCCUGCAGAGCUCUCCGGCCAUGCGGACUGCAAGCGCGCAAAGCAUGAGCACGAGGGCCACGACCACGUGCACGAAGAGCGGGCUACCGUGGAGCAGCGAGCCUUGGAGCAGGAGCCGCCGUGCCCGGCCAUCGCGCGGGCGCUGAAUGCGCUGCUCCUAAAGAAGGGCAUCAUCUCGGCGGAGGAGCUCCGCGCUGGCAUUGAGCGGGUCGAUGAAGGUGACCGGAACCGAGGAGCCGCUGGCCGGCAAGUGGUGGCGCGAGCGUGGGUUGACGAUCAGUUCAAGGCACGGCUCUUGCAGGAUGCCAACAAGGCCUGCCUGGAGCUUGGGGUGAACGCCACCAACCCCACGGCGCCCACCCAGCUGGUGGUGUUCGAGCAGACGCCACAGGAGCACCACCUGAUCGUUUGCACGCUGUGCAGCUGCUACCCCUUGACCUUGCUGGGCCUCUCACCCGACUGGUACAAGAGCCGGGAGUACCGGUCCCGCGCGGUGCGGGAGCCGCGGAAAGUGCUGAAGGAGUUUGGCACCGAUCUCCCUGAAGAAGUGAAGGUGGUGGUCCACGACUCCACGGCGGACUGCCGCUACAUGAUCCUCCCUCGCCGGCCAACAGGCACGGAGGGCUGGUCUGAAGAGAAGCUGCAAGAGAUUAUCACCCGGGAUGCUAUGAUCGGCGUUGCGGCGCUGCCGAAGUCGCUCUGA